AUGGACUCUCCGCCGGCGGGGUCGGCGACUUUGCCAUCGCGGCAGAUGUUUCCGUUGGCACAGCUGGGCCAGGUCAUGUAUAUGAACGCAGUGUAUUUCCACAAUGGACACAUUGCUCGGGGCGAGACGCCGGCCAAGCUCGACUAUGGUUGCAUCAAUUUGGUGUACUACGCAUACGCGAGUGUCGCGCCAGACGGGAUCGUUUAUCUUGGAGAUAUGUGGACCGACAUCAAAUCCCCCGUGGACGGCGUCGAGGGAGGACUGGGCUCGCUGAUGCAGCUCAAGCAGCAACAUCGACAUCUGAAAGUACUCCUUUCGAUAGGCGGUCCUGCUGCAUCCAACGUCUUUGUCUCUAUUGCGACGAAUCCCGCUACGCGUCACAACUUUGCGCACACGGCGGCGGGACUCGUGGUAGCGUCGGGGCUCGACGGCGUGGACAUUUCGUGGCAUGUGCCAGCUGAUCCGGUGCAGGGCGCCAACUUCCUGGCGCUCGUGCAGGCCGUGCGAUCCAAGAUGCAGGACAAGCGACUCCUGCUGACGGCCGCGCUGCCAGCAAACCCGGCGGUGCUGCAGCACAUUGACCUCCCCACGGCGGCGCAGGCGCUGGAUUUUAUGAACCUGCAGACGUACAACCUGCACCACGCGCAGCCCGGGCGCAGCCUCUGCCCGUCGCAGCUGUAUUCCUUGGCCAAGGACGAGCCCUCGACGUCAACGGCGGCCAGUUACCUCGUGUCGCGCAGCUUUCCGGCGCAAAAGAUCCUCCUCGGUAUUCCUACGUUUGGAACCACCUUUCCGGGCUGCGACGGCCCCGCGCAGCCGUACGACCCGGCCAGCUCGCGGUCGGUGGACUAUCUAGGGCUCCCGGUAGAAGGAAGGCAGGAGGGCAUCGACAGGCGCCGCAUCUCGGCAUACUGCGCGGGUGGGACAGAGGGUUUCAUCGCGUACGAUAACCCAGAGACGGUCAAAGAAAAGGCCGACUUUUGCAAACAAAAAGGAUACGGGGGACUAUUUUACUCCAACGCUUGCACGGACGCGGACGAACGAACGAGAAGCCUCAUCACGGCUGGCUUUGCGACAUUGCAUAGCUCAUGA